AUGGCGGGAGAACUUGGCGCCAUCCGCGCCGCUUCCCGCCCCGCCGCCGCGUACCUAUUUAUCGCCCCCCGCAGCCACGGCCGCCCUCAGCUUCAACUCCAACUCCUGCUCGGCUCCUCUCCUUCCAUCUCUCGCCGCCGGCCACCGGGAACCCUCCCGUCCGUCGUCGCAAUGGCCGCCACCAACGGCGCCGGUGCCGACCCCGUGCACGAGCCUCCCCACAAGAUCACCAAGAUCGCGCCGCUGCUCAAGGUCAAGAAGCUCUCCGACAAGGCCAUCCUGCCGUCCCGCGGCUCCGCCCUCGCCGCCGGCUACGACCUCUCCAGCGCGGUGGAGACGGUCGUGCCGGCGAGGGGCAAGGCGUUGGUGGCCACCGACCUGAGCAUCGCCAUCCCGGAGGGCACCUACGCGCGCAUCGCGCCGAGGUCGGGCCUGGCGCUGAAGCACGCCAUCGACGUGGGCGCCGGGGUGAUCGACGCCGACUACCGCGGCCCCGUGGGCGUCGUGCUCUUCAACCACUCGGAGGCGGACUUUGCCGUGAAGCCCGGCGACCGCGUCGCGCAGAUGAUCAUCCAGGUGAUCGCGACGCCGGAGGUCGCCGAGGUGGAGGACCUCGACGCCACCCUCCGCGGGGAGGGAGGGUUCGGGUCCACCGGCGUCUGA